CACAAAAACUCGGCCCGGUUGAAUGUGAAACGUAAACGUAAAUUAAACGAUGCAUUUUCGCGUUAGUUAUUGAAGGUGAAGCAAUAUGAAUCGUUCGUAACUUAGAGGGGUCGAAACUUGUCACCGGAAGUUAGCACAAACAUCGGGCAACGGUAUGGGUCUAUCGAGCAUGGAACGUAUAAUACCGGGCAGCCGAUGGCUUCGUGGCUAUACGGUGCAGUUUGCAGUGGCCGAUCUAAUCGCCGGCAUUACGGUCGGUUUGACGGUUCUUCCGCAAGGAUUAGCAUACGCCACCUUGGCUGGUUUACCUCCCCAGUAUGGGCUGUACUCGGCGUUUAUCGGAGGCUUCGUAUACGCGAUGAUAGGAAGUUGCCGCGAAGUUACGAUUGGCCCGACCGCUCUUCUUUCGCUGAUGACUAGUCGUCAUACGAGUCUCGGCACUGGUCCCGUACCGGAGUUUGCAAUCCUUCUAUGUUUCCUAUCUGGAGUUGUGGAGCUACUAAUGGCUGUCCUGCGACUGGGAGCGUUGGUAGAUCUGAUUUCGCUUCCCGUUACGGUCGGCUUUACCUCAGCAACGGCACUGAUUAUCGUUGCCUCACAAUUGAAAGCGUUACUCGGCAUUGGUGGUAAAUCGAAAUCAGAUUUUGUAAGUACCUUGCGGUACGUUAUCGAUAAAAUUAGCGACAUACGUUUGGCCGACACCAUUCUGGGCAUCGGUUCGAUUGUGGUACUGUUGGCUUUAAGGAAAUUAAAGGACAUCAAAACACCAUCUGAUGCGACGAGAGGACGAAAAAUUGUUGGCCUUGCGUGCUGGUUGAUUGCUACUUCUCGCAAUGCUCUAAUCGUGGUAGCAACAAGCUGCUUAGCGUAUUACUUCGAGCAGGGUGGCGAAAACCCAUUCAUUCUCACCGGCACCGUAAAGUCCGGCUUACCAGCCUUCCGGUUACCAUCAUUUCGUAUAAAAUUCCCUACGUCUGGAGGCCCGCUGGAGUACGGGUACAGCAACGUGCUCGCGGAACUAGGAUCUUCGAUCAUACUUGUGCCAAUCAUUGCCGUGCUCGGAAACGUAGCGAUUUCAAAGGCAUUUGGUGGAAGCGGCAUUAGUCCAACGCGCGAACUUGUGUCCCUGUCGUUGAGUAACAUAUUCGGAUCUUUCUUUGGUUCUAUGCCAGUUACGGGUUCGUUCUCGCGCAGCGCCGUUAAUCAUGCAAGCGGCGUAAAGACCCCCCUUGGUGGUAUUUACACCGGGGCACUCGUGCUUCUGGCACUCGGCGUACUCACAUCGUACUUUCAGUACAUACCGAAAGCCGCCCUGAGUGCGGUCAUCAUAUCGGCGGUCAUAUUUAUGGUUGAAUACGAAGUGGUACAGCCGCUGUGGCGUUGCAGUAAGCGUGAGUUGAUACCGGGAGCGAUCACAUUUCUGCUGAGCCUUGCCCUUGGAGUCGAGAUAGGUCUUUUAGUGGGGGUUCUGGCGGAUUUGGCGUUUGUCGUGUAUCGAACAGCUCGUCCGGUAGUGUCCGUUAAUGUUGAGAAUACGGCGUUCGGCACGCAGUAUAUUUCAAUCCGUCCGACUCAACCUUUCAUCUACUUCCCCGCCGUGGAAUGGGUGCGAAAUGUUACGUCCAAAGCGAUCAAACAACACGGAAACAUUCCCGUCGUGUUCGAUUGCCGCUUGGUAAAUGACUUCGAUUACACUGCCGCCACGGGGUUGCAAAUGCUGCGCAAAGAGUUGGAAAAGAAACAGAUACCGCUCAUCGUGUACGGUUCGUCGAGUGAGGUGCACAAACUUUUGCAGGAAACGCUGAAGAGCAGUCUGUUAGAGGUGGCGAAUGAUGAAGAACUGCAGAAAGUGUUGCACGAUCUAUCCACCGAGGAAGGUAAGCAUGAGUUGCGUGAAGUUGGGAUACCGCUCCUUCCGGUCGAACGCCAAUCCGCACCUGUAGCCACGGUCGAUGAAUCAUGAGCCCUUCCUGUAAUGUGUGCCUUCAGUUAUCGUUUGUACUGCCCUUAAGUAUUAACCCAUCUUUAUCCUUACACCAUAAGCAAAGCACCAUUUAGCAUGAUAAGCACAUAAUAAUUUGUUUCUACCGGUAGAAUGUGUUUCGUUCCUUUCUGUACAUCUUUCCUCAUGUCGAUCAUUCCAGGUGUCUGAUCGAAAGGAGCGCAUUGCUAGCCGCACUCCGGUGCGUUGCGCGCAGUAGAAAAUUGUGCCUCGAAUAUACAGAUCUCUAUUGGCUACUGAUUAUUGAAUUUAUCGUUGAACUACACCAUUUAUUACCAUUACCAGUACUAAUACUGAAACAACCAUUACGAGCUGUUUUCCUGCGAAAUA